AUGAGUAAAGAGAAGGCACUAUGGACUACCGAAGAAACCGAAUUGUUUAUUAAAUUAGCUCUCCAGCAAGUUAAGAAAAAUGAGCGUAAAGGCUCUACCUUAUCAAAGGAGGGUUGGGAGGCGCUAAUGCAACAGUUCAAUGCUUUGAGUUCAAUAAGUUAUGAUAAGAAGCAGUUGAAGAAUAAAUGGGACAAUUUGAGGAAAGAUUGGAAUAUAUGGGACAAGCUAUUAAACAAAGAGACCGGUUUAGGAUGGGAUAGUGAAAAGAAUACUGUUUCAGCACCAGAGGAGUGGUGGAGUCAAAAGAUUAAGGAGAAUCCUGAUUGUUCCAGCCAGUUGCAGCACACACUUACAGGGCACUUACAUGUGGACCCUGCGGCUGAUGAUCCACAAGAUGUGUACAGGCCUCAAUUGGAUUUGACCGAAGGAUCAGGAGACAGUGAUGAUAUAAGAAACAUUAAUGGAGGAGCUCUCCCAGGAAUUGGGCAGGUUAACUUGAAUAAUGCAUAUAGUGGUGGUACUAAUUCAGGGAGCAAGCGAAAGAGAGGUGAAAGUGGUCAAAACAAAAAAGGAAAACGUCUUGCAACGGUGAUGGUUGAUUCAGUGAGUCGAUUGGUGUCCACACAAGAGGAUAGGUUUUCAACAUUGAAGUCAAUUCUUAAUUCCAUAGAGGGUGGAACAAAACCAGUUGACCAAAAUGUGUUGGAGGUUGCAAAGGAACUUUAUGGAAUCGAGGAGAUUGCUUAUGAUGAGGUGCUUCUUGGACAGUGUGCUGUGGCCUUGCUAGAUAAGACCGCAAGGGACAUGUAUAUUGGGCUUAGGGACAACAGAAGAGCAUUAGUGGCCUAUUUGAGGUGCUUGGGCAAAAAAUGA